ACACAAAAUAAAUAAAUAAGUAAAUAAAUACAAACCCUAACCCUAGACUUCACCAAUAAAACCACUCCUCUUUCCUCAUAAGUCACAAACCCACAUUCCCUCUAAUCAGGAACUUGUCCAUCUUCUUCUUCUUCUUCUUCUUUUCUUCUUCUCCUUCCUCCUCUUCUUGUGCUAUCAAAAUUCUACUAAAUUUUUUCGAUGUUCUGCCCAGAUGAUCAUCGGAUGCUACCGUACACUCCAAGGCCUUUGAUCAUGGACAGAAGGUGGAAGCCGGACAUUGAGCUAGCACCGAAUUGUCCCCGGUGUGAUUCCUCGAACACUAAGUUUUGCUAUUACAACAACUACAGCCUCACUCAGCCUAGAUACUUCUGUAAGGGUUGCCGGAGGUACUGGACUAAAGGAGGCUCACUUAGGAAUGUUCCAGUUGGUGGUGGAUGCCGGAAGAAUAGAAGAGGAAAGUCAGUGAGAACGGCAAGCAAUCUGAUGAAUAAUAGGGAAGCAAACCAUGGUCAUCGGCAACCUCAAGGCACUCUCCGGCCAGACCUUGCUCUUGAAGGCAUGGUAGGGAAUUCAUGCAAUCAAACCAGUGGAUUGAUUGAUAUGUCAGACAUUAAUGGUGGUCCAACCAUAGACCUUUCACUGCUCUACACCAAGUAUUUAAACCAACCAUGCCAGGAAAACGGCAAUGGGGAAUCGGUACCGGAGUUUCAGGGAGAGAUUGAUGAGCCUUUGAAUAGCUUGAUGAACACAUCAAGUUUCGUCCAUCCAAUGACAACAGACACAUUGAGCCAAAAUUCAUCAGAGCCAGUGUCAGACACUUUAAUGAGCAAUGGGAGCUGCCAGGGCCUCAUGGGGGAGCUCAACUCCUCUCUGGAUCAAAUAGAAUACAUGAAUUCACUGCCUUUCUCUGUUGAUCAUGGAGUGGCGGCUAAUGAGGUUUUGUCUUCAAAUUGCACUAUUGCCCCUGGUUUCAUGUUGCAAGAAACUAAGUAUCACGGUUUAGAAACCUUCAUCUCUGAAGAUAAUACUGCACAUCAAGAAAAUCUUAUCAGUGGUGAUUGGAGCACCUUUAGCCAGACCACUUUUGAAGCUUUCUAUACUUUAUAAGUUAUUACAAUAAGUGUAGUUAAUUUAAUUUCUUCUUGUUCAUCAUCAUCAUCAUCAUCAUAUAUCAUCUUCUUCUUUCUUCUUCUUCUCUGAGUUCUUGAAUUAAUGAUGUAGAAAACAUGAGAGAUGUGAGAGGAAGGAAACUUAUCUCUUGUUUCAAUUAAGAUGAAAUGAUCUAAGAUGUGUAGCAGACAUGGAUAGUGAUGUCUAACAAUGAUCAAUAUACAAUAAUGCCCACA